AGAUCCUGGCGGAACAUUUUUCAAUUUCUCUGUUAUUUUUCUUUCUUUCUCUCUACCUCAGCUUGCCAUAGAGACAUGGCAGGACUCACACCCCCGUUAAGCGUUCGCAGAUCAUUGGUGUCGACAUGCCCAAGAAAGGGAACCGAAAACGGCUGAAAUUUAGGGCCGGGGACGUUUGUUCGGAAUCAGUGACCGUUGCUGAUUAUGCUGAUGCCGAUCCAGCCGUAGUGAAGUCGGGGAGGGUGAAAAAGGCUGUUGCAAAUGCAGUUGCAAAAGAAGUAAAAUUACUCUGCGGCCUGGAAGCAUCUCAGGGUGCUGUAGAGGAAGUCCUCUCGUCUGCGGUGAGUGUCCAAAAAGACGCUUUGGACAGUAGUGACGACCUGGACCCUGAAGAAGAUGGAGAAAACGAAACCAAAGUGGCCCACAAGAAGAAAAACAAGAGGAGAAAGGAGAGCAGUGAGAGCAGUAGUGGGGAGGAGUAUCCGGUGGAUAUUUGGUUAGUGCUCUCGUCGUAUAUUCGGCCUGAGGAUGUGUGCAGAUUUGCUCUAAUCUGUAGGAAUGCCUGGACAGUCACCUGCACCGCAGCUUUUUGGACCAGGCUCUACAGAAGACACUACAGGAUUGAUGUUGACCUGCCGUUUCGUCUCCAGCCUGACUCUGUUGAUAUGAUGCACUGUCUACGGGCCCGUGUCAUUCGCUCCCUUUUUCAUUUGUAUGAGCCUUUUAGCUUGCGUGUCUCAAAAAUUCCUACCCUGCCGGAAUCCACACCCACAACCUUGCUCAACUCCAAGUGUUUGCUGUUCUGGGUCAAAAGAGUGUCGGGGACUCGACCAGAGGCAUUGUGGGAAUUCAACUUCAAAUUUAUAAAGCAGCAGGGACACAGUAAGAAUGGUUGUGCCAAGUCCUUGCACUUGCCCAGACAAUACGAAGAUGUCCACACAAACCCGGACUCUGACUGCUGUGUGCUUCAGGUCACCACACUCAAUUUCAUUUUCACCCCUGUGGUCAUGGGUAUGACACUGACCCUGUUCACAAUUAACGUCAGCACGGACAUGCGCCACCACCGUGUUCGCCUGGUGUUCCAGGAUUCGCCGCUCCAGCGGGGGAAGAAGAGGGGGGAUCAGGGCGGGACCCAGGUGGUGUUGGAUCCCGUACACAGUGUGAGGCUCAUGGACUGGUGGCAUCCACAGUACCCCUAUGUAUCCUUGGCAUAGGAGUCCUGUCCCCUCGGUUCCUACUGCAGCAGACAGCCUCUCCUGGAACACUGCAGUUAAUUUCAUCCCUCUACACCAAACAGAAAAAUGACAUUGGAUGAUUCUGCAAAACCCUGGAUCAUAUUCAGUGACAAAGCUUUUGCACAUUCACGUUUCUUUUGUCAUUGUUAGAUGUUAAAGAAACUUAACAAUGAGGCCUGAGAUGGGAUGCUAAUACCACCUUCUUCUGGUGUAAAACAUGUUGCAUGCCCAUCCACCAAAACGAUCCCCAGACACUACUUGUAGUGUUAUUUAGUUCUUCCUGCACUGGUGUCAGACAUAAAUUGUUUACUGCAGAAUUGCCCAAUAUGAGAAUUGUUCCAAGGGAGACUUCUUAUUAUCUCUAUACAAAUCUGCUCAUGUCCGCAGAGUGACAUUAGCUGUCCCCCUUCUCUUUCAGCACUCGUAAUCAGCAGUUAUUAAGUCUGAAAACAUGAAGAAGUAGGGCUGGGUAACAUGGAAAAGAAAUAAAUGUCACGAUAACGAGAUCAUCAUCAUCUAAAAUCAGUACUUGAUUUUACGUAUCUGUUAAUAUAUGAAAAACCACAUCAGAGAUCGUCUAGAAUAUCUUUCUAAUUUUGGAAAUCAUGUUAUUGCAAAGACAAAGUGUGAGUUUCAGAUGAGACUUUUAUGAUUGUUCAGGGAGAAAUAGAACUUAAAAUUGAUUUGCAUCGUUAUUUCACACAAAAGUGCAUAAUGUUUCACAAUAUGGAGAAUACUGUGACAAGAGAGGAAUGUGUAUCUGAUACUACAGGUUGCAUUAAAGAUUUAAAGUCCAUCAUUCUCUUACACAGACAACAUAGUUGCAUGUUGAACCUACAUGUGACACAUUUUCUCAAAGAGUUUUUAAAACUCAAAAGAUUAACAGGGUGGAACAUUUUUACUGCCCUCCAGUAAUUUGUUUUUUGCUCACUUGAAAGUUACUCUAAAAUAUCUUAUUUUUGCAUUGGUUUGAAUUAUAAGACAGUAAUACAGUACAUAAUUGUAUUACUCUCUUAAAACCAUUUUUUAAAAAAUAUUUAAUUCAAGGCAGCCUCACAUAUUAUUAUGUGAAUAUUAAUGACACUGCUCUACACUGAAGGGGCCAAAGAGAUGAUUUACUUCAGACAUCAUCCACUCAUCUGCUGAUUUGGGCAGUGUUUCUUUUCUUUCAAGUGUUUCAUGGUGAAAAACAUCUUUAUUGUCUCCUUGCUGACUAUAUGAGCCAUGUCCCUUACUGCCGUAUCUGGAAUCUCCGUCUCAGCUUUGACUGGCUCUGAGUGUUUAAAGUGGUUUGUCUUGUGUGUGUUGAAUGUGAGUAGAACCGCAUCAUGUACCACAUGGCUGAUUGAGUGCUAUGGAGGGAGAGAGGCCUAUCACUGACACUGAUUGAUCCACAGUUAAAAUCAUUGAAACUUGAUUUGCACAUAUACAUAUGUUUUGAAGGAAAAAAAAAACAUUAGAUUAGCCACCUACAGUUUACACUUAGAAAUAGAAAGGUAGUUGAUGGCAGGACCCCAUAGCACAAGACAGCUGGAUGUUCUGUUUAGCAGCAGUUGAUUGUUUUAGUGGGUGGUCUGGUUUUGUCAAAUGAGAGUUCCACUGAUAGACAAACUUCCUGCACUGGAAUAAAAACUGAAACUGCCCAUGA